GGAGGAAGGAAGUUCUUCCUGUUUGCGGAAGCAAUUCAGUUUCGUGCUUAAAGGACCAAGUAAGAACAGAAUGUUUAGUUUCCACAAGCCAAAAAUUUAUCGAUCUGUGAAUGGCUGCUGUAUAUGUAAAGCUAAAUCAUCAAGCUCAAGAUUUACCGACAGUAAAAAGUAUGAACCUGAAUUUGAAAGAUGCUUUCGCAUGAGCGAGAAAAGAUCUGGAGAGAUUUGCAAUGCAUGUGUUUUAUUGGUAAAAAGAUGGAAAAAACUUCCUAUUGGAACUAACCGUGAUUGGCACCAUGUUGUUGAUGCUCGAGCUGGACCUGGAACAAAAUGUGUCAAUAAAAAUAAACCAAAGAUUGAAAAGAAACCAGCAAAGAAACUCCGGCUAAGGUUUUGUAGUAGAAGCAAACAGACUAACACUGAAGUUUUAUCUGAUGAUAUUGUUGGAAAUGAAGACAGUCUCAGUGAAUCUUCAAGUCUAUCAGUGCCACAUAGUCGAGUGCCAAGUCCCUCUCCUAGUAAUUCCUCGGAUGAUUCGACAAUUUUGGAAGAACCCGAUGAAGACAUGGAACAAGACAUUAUGGAAAGAAAAAGAAGAAGGAAAGAUAUCUUGUGCAAGAUUCAAAAGCGCAACAAAAAUCCAUAUAACAUACACAAGAUUUCAUCAUUUUUAGACAUGACAUUUUGGAGAGAGGAAAGGAUCUGUUGUGGAGUUAUAUUUCGAGGUCCUCAUGGAGAGGCACUUAUUUAUCCUAAGCUCCUCCGUCCAUGUCAUUGCAGAAAAAAUGGGAAUUCUGGGAGCCAGUUUCUAUCACAAGAUACAGCUACACCAUUUCUACCUAAUGCAACCAACACUGCCACACAUGUUGCCUGCUCAUCAGGGCGAAACCAUUUUCCUAAUGGAAUAAGUGCUUAA